UCAAUUUUCAGAAACUUCCUCUCUCGACAGAACAGCUAAUAUUUCUUCUUCUAAGGAUGGUGUUAGCAAAAUACAAAUGUCUGACUGAUGAUAUUGCACGGGAAAAGAGAACAAGUAAAUCCCAACGGCAGUCAAUAGCUUACUUGAUACAGGCUGUGAUAUUUUUGUCAAGGAGGGUAAAAAAUACCUCAGACCAGUGGCAUAAAACACAGAUACAACUGCAAGCAAUUCAGACAGAUUAUUCAAGAUUGAGAAAACAGACUAGGAAGAUAAUGGCUGUGUGCUGUGUCCUGGUAAUCCUCAAUGUUUGUAGAAUACCACCUGUGAAACAAAGAAUUAUAAAAAUAGUGAAGUUAUUUGGAUUUGUAGAGAAUGUGCGGAAAAUUAACAGAAUGAGAAAGAUGGUGGCAGAGAACUGGCGAAACAUUCCAUCGUUGCUUACAGACUUUUGGCGAAUAUUUAUAUUCAGAUCUACCACAAAACUGAAGAAUUCCUAAUUUAUCCUGUGUAUGACAAGAAAUACAGUUUCCGUGUAUGCAAACACUAAUAGUUGAUUGGCUGUUUGUAGUUAUAAGUUGAGCUGUAUAUACAUAUAAAACUGCUUUAUACAUGAAAGACCACCAUAAUAAAAUUCCACAUAGUUAAAGGAAAAAUUUAUCGUUUUAAGGGACUAUUUUUAGCUUGACUAUUCGAUAAGAAUAAGUAGAGCUAUUGCAGUCACCCGAGCGUCGGCGUCAGUGUUGGCGUCUGCGUCGGCGUAACCACUUAUGUUAAAGUUUUUGUAAUAGUUCAAAUAUUUUCAAAGUCCAUUGACAUAUGGCUUUGAAACUUUGCACAUUUGUUCACCAUCAUGACCCCAACCUAAAGACAGGAGGAGGUAACUCUAUCAAGCAUUUUGACAGAAUUAUGCCCCUUUUUCGAUUUAGAAUUUACAGUAAAAACUCACUAAUGAGACUAAUGAAGGGACUUUACAAAUCUGGUCUUAAUAGCUGGUUGGUCUCAUUAAUGAGUUUCAUCAGACAGAAAACCAGGCAAUACAUACGGGAUACCAUGUACUGUACACAUGUUUAAUUCUGGGCUAACCUAUUUCAAAUGAGAAGAUAUUAAGCAUACACUAUUAUUUUUUUAUUUUCAUUUAUUUUCUUUUUCUUUUUAACAUUAUUAAACUUUUAAACUUCUUUAGAGGUACAAAAUGUAUUAUGAAUGUCUUUUAACACAAACAUAUUUUUACAUUCUUGUUAAAAGAAUGACAAUCACAUGACUUACUCAAUAAAAUCACCAUUUUACUACAAAGCACAUCAACCAAUUAACCUUUAAUUAUUUUCACAGUUUUCAUCGCCGAUAACAACUUCAAAAACCUAAUCGUAUCAUGUUUAUGUUUGUUUAAAAUUAUGGAACGAAAGAGAUAAUGAUAGCAGCAACACCUCUAAAAAAUUUAUUGAAAGUUUUCUGUUCAAUAUUUUGUUGUUUUAAUCCUCCAGUUAUGACAUCAAAGGUGUGAAAUUAAGAAAUUAUCGACAAUAUUAUUGAUCAUUUCCGGGUUUGAUACAAAGUAACCUUGACCUCUGCCGUAAAUUGGAUGUGGUUAAAUGUCGUAAAACUAGGACAACUGUUGUUUACACUACGUGUCUAAAAGAUUUCUGCAAUAUACAUGCAUGUCAAUAUCAAGGUGAGAAAGUGCCCGUGGUCGUAUUUAUGGGUUUCCAAAUGUACAGAAUUUACGAAAUGGGACUGAAUUUACUGGUCGUAUUACGGAAUAACGGGGUGGUCUCAAAAUCGGGGUUAGCGACCAUUAAAAUAAAGAAUAAAAAAAUCGGGUCUUGGAAAAAUCGUUCGUAUUAGCGGGUUGGUCUCGAAAACGGGGUGGUCGUAAAGCAAGUUUUUACUGUAUGUUUAAGUUUUUGUAAUGGUUCAAAUAUUUUCAAAGUCCAUUGACAUAUGGCUUUUAAACUUUGCACACUUGUUCACCAUCAUGACCCAAACCUGUAGACAGGAGGAGCUAACUCUAUCAAGCAUUUUGACAGAAUUAUGCCCCUUUUUCGACUUAGAAUUUAUGUUAAAGUUUUUGUAAUACUUAAAUAUUUUCCAAGUCCAUUGACAUAUGGCUUUGAAACUUUGCACACUUGUUCACCAUCAUGACCCCAACUUGUAGACAGGAGGAGGUAACUGUAUCAAGCAUUUUGACAGAAUUAUGCCCCUUUUUUGACUUAGAAUUUAUGUCAAAGUUUUUGUAAUACCUCAAAUAUUUUCAAAGUUCAUUGACAUAUGGCUUUGAAACUUUGCACACUUGUUCACCAUUAUUACCCCAACCUGUAAACAGGAGGAGGUAACUGUAUCAAGCAUUUUUCAAAACCUAGACUUUUCAUGUGCCCGUUUACUCUAUCAAACUCUUGUCUUUUCAAUAUUUGUGUGUAAAGAAAAGAAUUUAUAGAAAAUGAACCUGCAUAGUUAUAAAAUUCCUACCUAUCUACCAUCCUUUUAUUGCUGGUUGGAGACCAAAACAAUACUUUUGAAUUAUUUCCCAUUUAUUUGUUUUGGUUUGCCCUUGCACAGUCUGUAGUAUGAUGUAAUAUUUAUAUGAUUAAUAUACCAAUAUAUCAAACCUGUCCACAAAAUGUAGUGAUCAACUUGCAAGUUUUAGUUUGCAAGUUAAAAAAAAAUAAAACCACUGAUUUCAACUUUACAUCUACCAUUGUGAAAAGUGUACAUGUAAAUUGAAUGUUCAGAUUCAGGAGCAACAUGUAUUGUCUUUUCGUUGUCAUUUUGUUUUUGUUGCUCUUAUGAACUUUGGCAGAUUUGUAUUAUUUGUACAUGCAAAUUUACCAAGUAUUGCAUGUUUUAUUGUAUAAUAUACAUGUAUUUAUGAGAGAAAUAAAUGUUAAGUUUUUCA